AUGGCUGAACUCAUUAAUAACCCAAUCUACAUGCAAAAAGCUAGAGCUGAACUCGACACUAUUGUAGGAAAUCAUCGAUUGGUGGAUGAAAAUGAUAUUCCCAACCUCCCAUAUCUUAAGGCCAUCGUGAUGGAAACACUUCGUCUCCAUCCUCCAACCCCUUUAAUCCCUCGUGAAUCUGACAAAGAUUGUAUGGUCGAUGGCUUCAACAUCCCAGCUAAGACAAGACUUUUCAUCAAUGUUUGGGCCAUUGGUCGUGAGUCUAAAUAUUGGCCCGACCCUCUCAAGUUUAUGCCAGAGAGAUUUUUAGUAAAUGAGGACAAUGAUAAUGUUAUCAUCGAUGUAAGGGGCCAACAUUUCCAUUUAAUACCAUUUGGAAGCGGAAGGAGAGGUUGCCCAGGAAUAACAGCAGCACUUCAAGUCGUGUAUAGUGCAUUGGCCUCACUAAUACAAUGCUUUGAGUGGAAGGUUGCUGGAGAUGGAGAGAAGAUUGACAUGACUGAGGCGUCUGGAUUGACGCUGCGGAGGGCUACUCCUUUGCUGUGUAUUCCAGUGUCUCGUCACAUUAGUUUGUUACCUUUAUCAUAA